CCACUGCCUGCUCAGCCACAAGCGCCACUGCCUGCUCAGCCACAAGCGCCACUGCCUGCUCAGCCACCAGCGCCACCGCCGCAGCUACCAGCGCCAUCGCCGCCGCAACCAGCACCACUGCCUGCUCAGCCGCCAGCUUCACCGGCACCGCCAGCAAAUCCAGCCGCUCCAGUAGCAUGGUCGCGUGCUGCUGUGCCCAAGUUUGAAGAAGGGGAAGAUAUCGAGCAGUAUCUAACUACGUUUGAACGGCUUGCGACUGCCUACCGGUGGCCAGGGGAGGACUGGGCCGUGUACUUAGUGCCGUACCUGAGUGGCAAAGCCCGCAGUGCUUAUGUGGCCAUGGACAUGAAUGACUCAAUGGAUUAUCACAAGGUAAAAGAGGCAAUCCUGGGAAAGUACGAAAUAAAUGAAGAAGUCUACCGGAGAAGGUUUCGGGAGCCAGAUGCCAGGCCUGGGGAGUCCCCCAAAGAACUGUACCAGCGUCUGAAGGAUUUAUUUCGUAAAUGGAUUAGACCGGAGGACAAGACGGUUGAAGAAAUAGGAGAAGCCCUCAUCUUGGAACAGUUUUUUCGUACUCUGUCUCCUGAUGUCAGAGUGUGGGUGAAAGAGCACAACCCACGGACUGGCCAGCAGGCUGCAGAACUGGUGGAGAACUUUGUCGCUGCCCGCAGAGGUCCAAAGAACUUCCGAAGUGAGACCAGUUCCAGGCCCCUGACCCGUGGUAGGUAGGAUGGGGGAUAAAAGUUCUUACAUGCCCCCUAGACAUGCCACUUUCCCCAAAGAACGCCCACCAGAGCGCUCACGUGUCAUAUGUCACCAUUGUGGCCAAGAAGGUCACAUUAAGCCUGACUGCCCUGCGAGAAAGCCCAUAGGUAGUAGCCACUGUUGUCUCCCAGGGUGCGAGGAGCAAGAACAGGGGGUUAUGGGUAGGUUACAGACUGUCCCAGUGCUAGUGAGUGGUAAGGUGGCGAGGGCUCUGAUUGAUACAGGGAGCUCUCAAACCUUAGUUCAGCCCCACUUAGUGGACAAAAAGGACUGUAUAUCUGGUAGAACCCUAAAAGUAAUUUGUGUCAAUGGGGAUGAACAUGAAUACCCCGUGGCCAAAGUAUAUGUGGAAGUGCAUGGUCAGACCUAUAGACUAACUGUUGGAAUUGUGGAGAGACUAAGUCAUCCAGUAGUCUUAGGACAGGAUAUUUUGGUACUGCCAGAGUUGGUGCAAGCCAAUAAGCCUGUCAAUGUGGUAGUCACUAGGUCUCGGACAAAAGCUCAGACAGAAGAGCCCCUAGAACCAGGUUCCCUGAGAGAGAUGCCCUUUUUUGGAAGUGAGGUAGUACCCCCUCCCAAGCUAAAGACUAGGAAAAGUCACAGGCAAAGGCGAAGGGAGAGACUAGUGGGGACACUUCAGAAUGAACAGGAUGGGGAGGACAUUCAAAUAGGGGGUGGAGCUUGGGAAGACAUUACUGAGGACAUGGAACAGCUACAGAACCAGGACCCUACAUUGCAGGAGGCCUAUGGCAAAGUUAGCAGUGUGGAUGGUGUGGCAACGGGUGUUCCAGCUAGCCUGUCUGGAGAAAGCUAUGUGUUGCGAGAUGGCUUAUUGUACCACCAGUCAGAGGGGAAUAUGCCAGAGCAGCUAGUGGUGCCUACGGUGCUGAGAGAACGAGUGCUGUCCCUGGGUCAUAGCAUCCCCUGGGCAGGACAUCUCAGUACUGCCAAAACUUUUGAGAGGGUUGCUGCCAGGUUCUAUUGGCCAGGAAUGUAUAAAGAGAUCCAAGACCUUUGUAAAUCCUGUCCUGUGUGCCAGCUGACUAGUAAGCGGAAGACUAGUCCAUUUCCCCUCCAGCCCCUUCCCAUUAUUGAAGUCCCCUUUACACGGAUAGGAAUGGAUAUUGUUGGGCCACUCGAGAGAACCCAGAGAGGGCACCGGUAUAUCUUAGUAGUGUGUGAUUACGCUACCCGUUAUCCAGAGGCCUUUCCCCUUCGUAAAGUGACAGCUACCACCAUCUCCCAAGCUAUCCUACAGCUGUUCUCUAGGGUAGGGAUACCCCAAGAGAUCAUCACUGACCAGGGAACAGCCUUUGUAGCCAAAAAGAUGAGACAGGUCUAUAGUUUACUGGGGAUUAAGGGGAUCAGGACCACACCCUAUCAUCCCCAGACUGAUGGUCUGGUUGAGCGAUACAAUCAGACACUCAAGGGUAUGCUCCGAAAGUAUGUGUCUGCCAAUGGGAAAGACUGGGACCGCUGGCUGCCAUAUUUGCUGUUUGCAUACCGUGAGGUGCCCCAAGCUUCCACUGGCUUUGCCCCAUUUGAACUGCUUUAUGGAAGACCAGUGAGAGGGCCCUUGGAUUUACUAAAAGAAGCCUGGGAGGGGCCAAAAGCACCCCAGACCAACAGUAUCCUUUCCCAUGUCCUUCAAAUGAGGGAGAAAAUGGAGGAGAUGACGGAGCUGGUCCGGAACAACAUGGAACAGGUGCAACAUCGCCAGAAGGUCUGGUAUGACAAGACUGCCAGACAACGGACUCUCGAGCCGGGGCAGAAGGUCCUUUUGCUCCUUCCCACGUCGGAGAACAAGUUGCUUGCACAGUGGCAGGGGCCGUUCACUGUUACCCGCAAGAUGGGCCCUGCCACAUAUGAAAUCAACAUGCCAGGCCGGAGGAGGACAAAGCAGGUGUUCCACGUCAACCUGUUGAAGGAGUGGCGAGAGCGGGUCACCCAAGGUAGCCUGCAGCUCCUGGUGCAAACUGUUGGAGAGGAAGACAGUGACAGUACAGAGCAGUUUUUUCCAGCUACUCAACCACCCGCCGCUCUUGACCUGGCGCACCUCACUCCACAACAGCAGAGGGAGCUAGCGGCCAUCAUUCCCUCAGGACUGUGCCAAGACAAACCGGGUUUCACCACGGUGGUGGAGCACUCCAUCCCACUGAAGGACACCACUCCGGUGCGGCAAAGGAUGUAUCGAAUCCCCGAGUGUCUACUGCCUCUGCUUAAAGAAGAGGUGGAGGAGAUGCUGUCCCUAGGGGUCAUCGAGAGGUCCUAUAGUGAGUGGAGCAAUCCAGUCGUCCUGGUGCCUAAAAAGGAUGGGACGAUCAGAUUCUGCAUUGAUUUCCGCAAGGUAAAUUCCCAGUCCCAUUUUGAUGCCUACCCCAUGCCACGGCUAGAGGAUCUAAUUGAACGGCUGGGUAAGGCCAGCUUUAUUACCACCCUUGAUUUGUGCAAGGGUUACUGGCAGGUGCCCCUCGCUAAGCAGGACAGACCCUACACGGCUUUCAGAACUCCGCAAGGGUUGUUCCACUUCAUGGUUAUGCCAUUUGGCCUGCAGGGGGCGCCAGCCACAUUCCAGAGACUCAUGGACUGUGUUCUUGAAGGUACCGAAUCCUUCGCCGCAGCAUAUUUGGAUGACAUUGUAAUUUAUAGUACCAGCUGGACGGACCACCUACGCCAUCUCUCCGAUGUGCUGCAGCGCAUCCAAAGAGCUGGACUUACAGUGCAUCCAAAGAAAUGUGACUUUGCCAAAGCAGAGGUCCGUUACCUGGGCCAUGUGCUGGGUAGGGGGCUGAUUAGGCCCCAGACCGACAAGGUACAAGCCAUACGGGACUGUCCCCAGCCGCAGACUAAAAAGGAGGUACGGUCCUUCCUGGGUCUGGCGGGCUGGUACCGCAGGUUUGUGCCAGACUUUGCCUCUCGCGCUGCACCCCUUUCGGACCUAACUCGGAAAUCCGGGUCUGGUCAACUGCAGUGGGGGGCAGAGCAGGAGAGGGCCUUUAAUGACCUGAAGGGGGCUCUGUGUCAGGGCCCAGUCUUGCAGAGCCCAGACUUUGACCAGCCGUUCACAGUCCAGACUGACGCCUCUGGCAUUGGACUGGGGGCGGUUUUGCUCCAAGGGGAAGGAUCGGACCAGCGGCCUGUGGCUUACAUUAGCCGCAAACUGUUCCCCCGUGAAACACGGUAUGCUGCUGUUGAACUGGAAUGUUUGACCAUUAAAUGGGCCCUAGACACUUUCAAAUAUUACUUGCUCGGCAGAGACUUUUUGCUACAAACUGACCACCAGGCUCUUCAGUGGCUUGGCCGGAUGAAAGACUCUAACGCCAGGAUUACCAGAUGGUUCCUGGCUCUGCAGCCAUACAGGUUCCAGGUUGAGUAUCGGCCUGGAAAGCAAAAUGUGGUUGCGGAUUUCUUGUCUCGCCACCCUGGUGGUGAGACUUCAGAGGUGGAGGGAAAUGUGAGAAGUUGAACUUUCCCCCUUCUCCCUAUAUCGGACUUUAAAGACGUUUCGGUGCACUCUUGAAAUGCGAGAGAGGGAGAGACUCCACUCGGUUGCACACACACAUACAGUACAUGCACCCAUACGCACACAGUCACCCGCCACAUCUCCCUGGCGUAUAAACGAUGUUGUGUGUUUGUUUGAAGUAUUGUUUCAUGUUGUGUAAAGUGUGUUUGGUGUAUAGUUUUGUCUAAUCGUUAGUGUCGGGAGUUUUGCCGCCAGUUUGGCGUUCAUUCAUGCGUCAGACCAAAUGUUUGGUCUGCCGCGAUUUUUCUUUAGUUUUGCCUUUAGUUCUGUCUUUCUUUGUUCCCGGUAACUUAAACACAUAGUGUGGUACCCACUGUCAUUCCAUUUACCAUUUGCAUUCACUGUACAACGCCUGUAAACCGGUUAACAUUCACCAUACUCACAACACUUCCUGGUGCUUCGGCUUCCCAGCCACUGUCCCAUUGCGGAAGCGCGCUUCGCGUUGGGACAGUGCUUUUACCAACAUCCCACAGGGGGAGGG